GUUAAAGGUGGGUGUGACUAACCGUCCUAGUGUCGAUUCAUGAUUAAAACCCUAUAUCUAAUUUCUAACCCUAAACAUCAAUUGUUUAUAACUCAUUUAGCUCUAGUAAUUAGGUGGACAUUUUCAAGGCCACUUUAGCACCACUCAAAAGCCGUCCAUAAAUUAUAGUCUCACCAUAAUAUUUAUUCAAAUUAAUUUAUUAUAGUAAAUUGUGCAAAUAAUAUGCAUCAUAUCAUAUUGGAGUUCUAAGUGUAUUUACCGUAAUGGUAAAGUGAAAUAGUCUCCUGUUUAAUAUUAAUUAACUUGUGAGUAAGUACGAGGUUUAACAGUAAGUGAUUAUGUGGGCAUAGCGGAAGCUGUUGCACGAAAGCAUAUAAUAUGUUAGGUUAAAAGUCGCUACUGUGUUGUUCUUCUGGACUACAUUUUUUCAAUAAUAUAAUUUAUUGACGAACCAAUGUGAUUUAAGAUGUCGAGUCUUGGAUUUCGGCGCAAGGUUCAGUAAUCUAUAUUGUUCAAUAGCAUUUUGUCAUUAUAACCGAUGUCAGUUCAUGAUGAAAACUCUAACUGUAAUUACCCCAUUUGAUCUAAUUGAAUCCUAGUCCUGUUUCCUUACAAUGAUACGUACCUUUUUGACCUCUGUAGUUAGUUGAAUAUCCUCAGGGUCACUCAAGCAUUUCUCAAAGGUCUUCCAUAAAUUAUAUUCUGUUUUCAACAGAAUUUUUCCACUAUAUUGCUUUAAUUCACGUUUGUCUUCUUUUAAAAGGUUUUCGGUUCUGUUUGAGAGAUCCUUAUCUCUUCUUGUACUAUGUCAGAGUCUUUACCAAGUGUUGAAGAUUUGCACAAAUUGAAGUUAAGCGACCUGAAAAAAAUAUGUAAAGAGAACAAACUUCCAUCUACAGGAACAAAAGUCGAACUCAUCUCACGUAUUACGGAAUGCACGGAAAUAAAUUUGUACUGUUACAACCUGGCGAUGAAGCAGAACUGCUUGGAGAUGAUGAGGAUGGUGAUUCUAACCAUGUGAAUAUAUCACAUACUACGACAACAGAAAUGGAUUGUAGCAAUAGUAAUGGAUCUCCAAAUGGCCUUAACUUCCCAGCUAUAACUGCAAAUAAAACUGUAGGACGUAAACGUCCAGCCAGUGAACUGACACCUGAAAAAGAUUCAAUGACUAGUGGUGAGAAAGUUCUGAAAAUUGCACAUACAACUGAUGAUUCACAUGAUAAUGCUAAAGAGGAAAUAAAAAAUUUAUCGGAUUCUGAGCGUCUAAUAUCUCGUACUAAACGUUUUAUGUCCGAUGAUGAAAAAACAAUUGCUCGUGCUAAACGAUUCGGUUUGCCAAUUAGUAAUACUGUAAAUACUGCAUGUUCAAAUGAUGCCUCAAAAUUGAAUGAAUUAGAAAAACUAAAAAGACGUGCUGAACGAUUUGGUGUUACUACUAGUAAAACAUUAGAAAAGUUAACCGAUUUGGAGCGUAAAGCUAAACGUUUGGAGAAAUUCGGUAAACCUCUGUCAUCAGUGAAUACACAGAUUAAUGAUGAAUUAGCAAAGUCUGUUCGUGCACAAAAAUUUGGUCUAGUUUUAUCCAGUAACAACAGUAUGUCAGAUGCUGAAAAAUUAUCUAAACGUCAAGCACGAUUUGGUUUAGUUGAUAAUAAAAUUUAACACUGCAUGAAUUAGUUUGUAAAGUUUUAUAUUUUUUUUCCAAAUAUGAU